GGGCUUUGCUGUUAAGGAGCAAGUUCCUCCCCGUAAUUGUCUUUCUGGUUGCUGUGAUCGCAGGCAGAUGGAUCCGUUCACAGCCACCCAACGUAAACUGGGUUUCGCACAGUGUUUCGGCGCUUGAUGAAGCCUAACAGUGGGUGGACGAGGAAGCACCAGUGCUCAAGAUGACAGAAAGACCCAGGCAGACGCUAAAACAAGAAAAAGAGAAAAAACGGAAAAAGAGGAAAGAUCAAGCCGAUGACAGACCAAGGUUUGAUGAGCGAGCACCAAGGUUUGAUGAGCGAGCACCAAGGCUUGAUGAGCGAGCACCAAGGUUUGAUGAGCGAGCACCAAGGUUUGAUGAGCGAGCACCAAGGUUUGAUGAGCGAGCACCAAGGCUUGAUGAGCGAGCACCAAGGCUUGAUGAGCGAGCACCAAGGCUUGAUGAGCGAGCACCAAGGCUUGAUGAGCGAGCACCAAGGUUUGAUGCCGAACAGUGGGUGGAGGAGCAAGCACCAGUGCUUGAUGAAGCCGAACAGUGGGUGGAGGAGCAAGUACCUGAUGAUGCCGAACAGUGGGUGGAGGAGCAAGCACCAGUGCUUGAUGAAGCCGAACAGUGGGUGGAGGAGCAAGCACCAGUGCUUGAUGAAGCCGAACAGUGGGUGGAGGAGCAAGCACCAGUGCUUGAUGAAGCCGAACAGUGGGUGGAGGAGCAAGUACCUGAUGAUGCCGAACAGUGGGUGGAGGAGCAAGCACCAGUGCUUGAUGAAGCCGAACAGUGGGUGGAGGAGCAAGCACCAGUGCUUGAUGAAGCCGAACAGUGGGUGGAGGAGCAAGCACCAGUGCUUGAUGAAGCCGAACAGUGGGUGGAGGAGCAAGCACCAGUGCUUGAUGAAGCGAACAGUGGGUGGAGGAGCAAGCACCAGUGCUUGAUGAAGCCGAACAGUGGGUGGAGGAGCAAGUGA